AUGGUUAAAUUAAUCUUAGUUAGACACGGACAAAGUGAAUGGAACGAAAAAAACUUAUUCACUGGUUGGGUUGAUUGUAGAUUAUCAGAAGUCGGUGAAAAAGAAGCUUCAAGAGCUGGUGAAUUAAUUAAAGAAGCCGGUUUAAACGUUGAUAUUUUGUAUACCUCAAAAUUAUCAAGAGCUAUUCAAACUGCCAACAUUGCUUUAAGUUCAGCCGAUCAAUUGUACGUUCCAGUUAAAAGAUCAUGGAGAUUAAAUGAAAGACAUUAUGGUGAUUUACAAGGUAAAGACAAAGCUCAAACUUUAGAACAAUAUGGUGCUGAAAAGUUCCAAACCUGGAGAAGAUCUUUUGAUGUUCCACCACCAACUAUUGCUGAUGAUUCAGAAUUUUCUCAAGCCAAAGAUAUCAGAUACAGUGACAUUGACCCAGCUGUUUUACCAAAAACCGAAUCAUUGAAAUUAGUUAUUGAUAGAUUAUUACCAUACUGGCAAGAUGAAAUUGCUAAAGACUUAUUAGAAGGUAAAACUGUUUUAGUUGCUGCUCACGGUAAUUCUUUAAGAGCUUUAGUUAAACAUUUAGACAAAAUUUCUGAUGAAGAAAUUGCUGGUUUAAAUAUUCCAACUGGUAUUCCUUUAGUUUAUGAAUUAGAUGAAAAAUUACAACCAACCAAACCAGCUUAUUACUUAGAUCCUGAAGCUGCCGCUGCCGGUGCUGCUGCUGUCGCCGCUCAAGGUCAAAAGAAAUAG